CCUCUCACGUGCGCGCCUCUGUCAAUCAAUCCAGCGCGUCAUGAGUCUCAUUCACAGGUGAUAUCUAUUAGCGUACCUCAUAUGCUGUCAGGUGUCGCGUCCCCGGACCAUCACCCCGUUUGCCUUCCCGUGGGAGAUAUUUUUGCUGUGGCGGUUUUUGGCAAGCUGCGCUCGGCUUUGCAGAUGCCAUGUUUGAGCAGUGAGCAUGGCGGAAAAUCAUCUGGAGUACGGCUACCUGGAGGGCGAGUCCAUCGGAGAGCAUUUCGCCGAGGACCCGGAGCUGGCGGCCAUCAAGGCCAGAGUUCAGGAGCUGGAGAUGGAAGAAGAGACGGAGAGACUGAAAGAGGAGGAAGACAGGUGUGACGCGGUGGACAUGCAGCUCCUGACCAGCAGCCCCCGGCCUGGUGAGACAUCCCGUCCUUUCUACAACAUGACUCCUGAGGAGAGGAUAGACGCAGACAACAGAUCAGUCUACGUAGGAAAUGUAGACUAUGGAGCUACUGCAGAUGAGCUGGAGAUCCAUUUCAAUGGCUGUGGUCCUGUCAACCGAGUUACCAUCCUGUGUGACAGGUUCUCCGGGCAUCCCAAGGGCUUUGCUUACAUUGAAUUCUCUGAUCGAGACUCUGUGCAGAGUGCUAUUGGUCUGCAUGAGACUUUGUUCAGAGGAAGAGUCCUUAAGGUUUUGCCCAAGAGGACCAACAUGCCAGGAAUCAGCACCACAGACAGGGGAGGACACCGAGGUGGCCACACCCGAGGCAGAGGCCGUGGUUACCGUCCACCCCGCUACCAUAACAGCUCUCGAGGUAGGUUCCGGUACCAGUCCACCAGGCCGCAACAUCAAACACCCCACCCUUACUACGGCGGCCCUUCAGUGGGGAAGAGACAGUGGGGACACAUGGACUACCACGAACAGAUGCCUAAACGUUACCCAUGUCUUCUUCUCAUCACCCCGCCUUCAGAGGAGUUGGGCGCGGGAUCGAGUGGACAGCACUACCCUCAACAGCGCUAGCACCACCCACAGCAUACACACCACUCAAGUGGGUGACUAGAACUGUUAAUUUUAAAGAAGUGUUUCCAGGCAUUACUGAUUGAGUAUCAUGUGAGAGAACCAGGAUGGACAGAAGAGAUGACUUUCUAAAUUGCAUCCCUGCAGCAGUGCUUCAAGAGAUGUGAAGAAUGAAGACUGAGGUCAGGGGUGUUGCAUUAUAAGCUUAUGUUGCUGUGAAUGCAUGGGACAAUCCUCAAAUUGUUAUGCAGUUUCGUCUCUUACUGUUUUUACAAACUGAUGCGAAUGUAUUGUGUUGCUGCCUGCAAUGUAAUGUACAAAUCCUCCCUAUGUACAACUUAUAAGUUCUUUGCUAUGUAAGUGAAUAAAUAAAACAAUGAUCCGGUG